CCCGACCGCCCGGUGCUGUGCCUGCAUCUGUUGAUCACUGCUCACUACAGCUGUCAUCACCAGACACUUUGGUAGACACGCACGUCCAGACAUACACCAAGAGCCUGCAUCUCUCUCCCUCCUUUAUCUCCCAAGCUAUCCUUUUUCUUCCUCCUCUUCUCUUGACGCUACUCCAGGACCUUCGCAACCCAGUCCACUGGAGUGACAAAUCUUCCUGAUCCAUUCCCACUAGCAUUACCGCUGACUACUCGGUCCUCUCCCAUUCUUCAAUCCCGUUCACCGACCUGAGUCAACCCACCUCCCUUGUUAUCACUACUCGACAUCCCUCAGUAUUCACCUUCUGUCCACCUUCACUGCAGCUCUUUAUACCGCUACAGCCUCAGAUACCAGGUCAACGCCAAUCUCGUCGGGUUGCCCAGAGCCACCAAAGAUUGAACUCCAUCCGCUGGAGUCAGCAUUGGCGGUUAGAACGUCUAGUCCGGACUUGACUUUGAUCACCAGCGGAAUUGCGCUUUCGGGCCACGCUUGCUCAUCUCCCACUCCACCGUCACCGCUGGUUGCGACUCGAUCCGUGCACACGCAGACUUAUUAACCCUUGCUUGCGCCCAUUUGUUCUGGAAACAUCACUGUUCCUCUCCGCCGCUCUCCCACAUUCCCAGAAUUUUGGUAUUGCAAAAUCUGGGUCACUGGGGGAAAGAGCACCGGUGUGUGGCCAGUCCAAUCACCAACUUGCCGUCCAACGCAUUGGCAUCACUUGGCCUCAGUGCUGGGUAAACCACCACACAAACUCGCAACCAUAAUACCUGUCUGUCGCGGCCAUGUCUCGCCGAUCUCUUGAAUCCCAAAGGCCUAUUAUGGCUCCCAGCCUCACUUCGAAGCGUACUUCCAAACGCUACUCAACCUACUCGGCCUCUCCCUCCUUUGCCACCACAACCAGCAAUUACUCAAAUUCCCAAACUCUCGUUUCCGGCUCCAGCCCUGCAAAUAUCACAGUCAGUCCCGAGACCGGCAUGGCCGAGAUCCGCCAUCUCACGCAAGGCUUGGACAGACUGGAAAACAAGCGUCUGUCACAGCAACGCUUCGUGCCCUCACAGAAGAAGACUGACGAUCUGAGCAAACUGAGCCUGGGUGCAAAGGUUGAGCGCGCACUGGGCAGGAGAAUGUCAGACCAAGACGCCGUCCUUCGCGUAAAACGACCCGUCGCGAAGAAGACCAGUCCGUUCUCCAUCAUUGAUGAAAAGGCUGCCCUCAAGAUAUGAGUGUCGACAAAGCCGGAGGACAAUGAAAAGAGGGGUGUCAGCCCUUUCGGAGAGUCGACCUUCCUCUCCAACCACAAUGAUAUUGGGGUCUACAUCGAAGUCGAGGCAGUGUACGAUGUUCACGCGGGGUCGGUUGUAUGAGAUUGAUGAAGUCAUUUCAUUUGUGUUGAUUGAGAUGCCUUUGCCAUUGAGAUACCAUUUCCUACUUACGCUUGCAUAAACGCUUGGUUGGACCGGCGUGGUUUGGGGUUAUCCACUGUUGCUCAGUUCUGGGUUAGGGGUUGAGGAGCGAGUCCUUCUCAUCUUCAUAUCGCUGCUCCUGGGAGUAAGAUAUCGGGUUGGACCAGCAGUUGAUCAUCGUGGUGGUGUGGCCAUGAGAAGAUGUGGCACAGAUUGGGAAAGGCAGAAUGUUAGUCCUUGUUUACACUGUGGUCACCCGAGAUCAGACAGCGUAGUAAUGAGAAAUGCCUACCAGGUAACCCUUUUGAGAGCA